CUGUUGAUGUUCUGCGUAUAGGACAUAUUGUCAAAAUCACUUCUCUUGCCCUUUCUAAUCUAAAUAUGUUGAAUUCUGACACUGUGUAGCUCAUUCUGUCUCCCUGCCUUGACAAUGGAGUUAGGUGCUUUUCCUAUGCUUAACCGUCUCUUACAGCACACACUGAGGAGCUUAUGCUCUUGUUCUGACUCUUCUUUCACUUCCUCCAAGUGGGUUUACGCUGUCUUCUGGAGAAUUUUGCCUAGGAACUAUCCCCCCCCAAAGUGGGAUUAUGGAGGAACUGCUCUUGAUCGCUCCAAGGGAAACAAGAGGAACUGGAUUCUGGUUUGGGAAGAUGGGUUUUGUGAUUUUGAUGAAUGCGAGCGAGCGGGAAGUGGCUACAUUGAGGGAAGAUUUGGAGCUGAUGUCUUCUUCAAAAUGUCUCAUGAGGUCUAUAAUUAUGGAGAAGGAUUAAUAGGGAAGAUAGCAGCAGAUAGCAGUCACAAAUGGGUGUUCAAAGAGGACCCAAAUGAAACUGAUCCUAGCUUCAUUUCCUCAUGGAGUAUGUCUAUGGAGCCUCAACCAAAGGCAUGGGAAUGUCAGUUCCAUUCAGGUAUUCAGACAGUUGCCCUAAUAUCAGUAAGAGAAGGCAUUGUUCAACUAGGAUCAUUUCACAAGAUUUUGGAAGAUCUCAAUCUGGUUAUCAGCAUACAGAGGAAAUUCAGCUACCUCCAGAGCAUACCGGGAGUCUUUGCCUUACAAAGACCAUACUUACCAAUCCAACAUCCAUAUAUCCUCAAACCUAAUACCAAGAUGAUCGUAAGCCACGAAAUCGAGGGCAAGCGCCAAUUUACCGGAGUAAAAAGACUAUUCGAGGAGAAUUUUGAAGAUUUUCCAGUCAAGUCCAUCAACUUGGGAUGGAACAACCCACAAAAUGGCAUUACAGGACCCUCUAAUUGGCCUAUACCACCACUUUUCCCUACAAUGUCUUGCAGUCUUGGUGCUCUGCUGUCAAAGCUACCUUCUGUUAUCCCAACUCUUGAUACAGCUCCAGUUAACAACAACAAUAACAUCUGCAGCAGCAGUAAAGGCCAGACACUGAAGAUCGACAUUGUUGGUGCAGCAGAUGAGGUUGAUACAGCUAAAACAAAUCAAGAGACAUAGAACCCUUCUCUGAAGCUAGAAAACUUGUGUUGAGAGAUGCAGGUAGUGCACUAAUCCCAAUUAAUUUGGAUAAUAAUAUAUAUAAUGUACUUUGAUGAUGGUUACUUAAGCUCAAUGAAUGGUGGGUAUGUACUUCAUUAGCUUUCACUGUCAUCUUUGUAAGCAUGCUUUAGUAUUGUAGAACAAUAAGUUGAGGUAUGGGGCACAGGGACAGGAUAUUAGUGGGGGGUAACUCAAGUCUCUUGGCCUAUCCCUGUCACUUUGGGGGGAGUGGUAGUUACACUAUUUAUUUAUGGUCCCCUAAAUGAUCAAAAUUAGGACCAAACAGUAAGACAACUGGCCUUGGAUGAAGUUGUGGGCUACGUUUGGAGGACACAAAGAACAGAUCAAAAUGGUCCCAAACUCUCGAGUCUUGAUAUAUUUUUUUUUUGUUUUGUUUCCAAUUGCUGCUACUUGUUUGACAAAAUGAGUUGUAAUAGUGCUACAAGACAUUGAUUUUGUUAUAUUUGGUCGGAGGAGUUAGCAUUAUUCGAUUGAGUUCAAUU